AGCUUCGGCCCCGACCCCUCCCUAUCGCCGGCUCGGCGGUGCGUGCGGGGCCGGCCCGGCGAGGAGGCGGGACACGUCGGCGCCGCCACCGCCGCCGCCGCCGCCGCCGCCGCCGCCGCCGCUCCUGUUCCAGCAGCAGCCGCCGCUUCCCGGCUGAGUCCGCGCGGCCCCGGCGGCGCCAGGUGCGUCCUGCUGCGCGGCUCCAGCCUGUGUCCGCCCCGCUGCCGAGAUGGCGACGCGCUCGUGCCGGGAGAAGGCUCAGAAGCUGAACGAGCAGCACCAGCUCAUCUUGUCCAAGCUGCUGAGGGAGGAGGACAACAAGUACUGCGCCGACUGCGAGGCCAAAGGUCCUCGAUGGGCUUCCUGGAAUAUUGGUGUGUUUAUUUGCAUCCGAUGUGCUGGCAUCCAUAGGAAUCUUGGGGUUCAUAUAUCCAGGGUCAAGUCAGUCAACCUAGACCAAUGGACACCAGAACAGAUUCAGUGCAUGCAAGAUAUGGGAAAUACUAAAGCAAGACUACUAUAUGAAGCCAAUCUUCCAGAGAACUUUCGAAGACCACAGACAGAUCAAGCAGUGGAAUUUUUCAUCAGAGAUAAAUAUGAAAAGAAGAAAUACUACGAUAAAAAUGCUAUAGCUAUUUCAAAUAAAGAAAAGGAAAAAAAAAAGGAAGAGAAAAAGAGAGAAAAGGAGCCAGAGAAGUCUGUGAAACCUCUUACAACUGAAAAGCUGCAGAAGAAAGAAGAUCAGCAAUUGGAGCCUAAAAAAAGUACCAGCCCUAAAAAAGCUGCAGAGCCCACUGUUGAUCUUUUAGGACUUGAUGGGCCUGCCGAAGCACCAGUGACAAAUGGGAACACAGCCACGAUGCCAGCCCUGAAUGAUGAUCUGGACAUCUUUGGACCCAUGAUUUCUAAUCCCUUACCCGCAACUGUCAUGCCCCCAGGUCAGGGGACGUCCUCUGUACCAGCAGCUGCUCCUCUGUCUACAGUGACAUCUGGGGAUUUGGAUCUGUUCACUGAGCAAACUACAAAGUCAGAAGAGGUGGCAAAGAAGCAACUCUCCAAAGACUCCAUCUUAUCUCUGUAUGGCACAGGGACCCUCCAGCAGCAGAGUGCUCCUGGAGUAUUUAUGGGACCCACAAAUAUACCAUUUACCUCACAAGCACCGACUGCAUUUCAAGGCUUUCCAUCCAUGGGCGUGCCUGUGCCUGCAGCUCCCGGCCUUGUGGGAAACAUGAUGGGACAGAGCGCAGGCAUGAUGGCUGGCAUGCCCAUGCCCAACGGCUUCAUGGGAAACGCACAGACUGGAGUGUUGCCGCUUCCCCCAGGUGUGGUUGGCCCCCCCGGAGGAAUGGUGGGACAGAUGGGUGCACCCCAGAGCAAGUUUGGCCUGCCGCCAGCACAGCAGCCCCAGUGGAAUCUCUCACAGGUGAACCAGCAAAUGGCUGGCCUGAGCCUGGGCAGCACGGUCCCUGCGGGGGCCCUUGGCCAGCCCCCCAGCACCACAGCGGGCUGGGCAGGGAGCUCGUCGGGUCAGACGCUCAGCACACAGCUGUGGAAGUGAGCACGCAGCACCUCCUCCAGGGCGCCCGCGGCCUUCUUGCUGCAACGCAUCCAGCUCCCCUGUUCAUUCAUGUACAUAUUUUUUUCCCAUUUGUUCAUAUUAAGAAUUAUCUGAUCGACCGUGUUGGUCUGUGCUGAUUAAAUUUGAUGUGGUGAAAAGCAGGUUGAGAAACCAUUUCACAUCAAGGGCGCCUUUGCCCGUAACUCCCAUGACGUCAUAGACACCUUAUCUGAGAAGCUGCUCAGUCAACCUGCAUAAUGGGUUUCACUCUCGAUACAACUGUAGCUCUAACGUUUGCAUAUAAGGGCAGUAGUUAUCAUGUUAGUAAUACUUCUAACAGUAUAACCCCACCCCCAAAUUAGCCAGUAAUCCUGUAGGAAGGUACUGUAUGAUCAAAUGUUUAAUCAUAUAAAUAGAAUGUAAGUGUGUCACUGAGCACUGCUCCCAUGUGUAGCCAGAUUCUUUUAUUCCAUCAGUCACUUUACUGUGCUGUUGUUAUGAUGUGCUUAACAGGGAACGUGGCUAGUGAAAGGAAGAUAAACCUGGAUGUCACUACAAAACUUAGUUUAGCAAAUGUUCAAAGAAGUCAGGUUUUGUACCUGCCUCUGAGUUUGGCUCUCUUCCUGUGUCCACACAGUGCUAACAUGAAGACCUUCUGUGCACUCGAUGCAAACAGGGUAACUAAACAAGCCACUUCAGUCCUUGAAGGUGUAUCCAGGUCCAUGAUGGUAAUUGUGUUUACAUUUUAUGGUGCCUAGUACUGACAGAUGUUAUAUCCCUAUAUUAAACGGAUGAAUCCAUA